AUUGAAUAGUGUUGGUGUAAUCAAACUUGAAGCCUAUUAUAAUUCAAGCGAAAACUAAAUAUAAAUAAAGUGUAAAUAAGUAGUAAGAAGUACGAGCUUAACUGAGAGCAUGGAUAAAACCACUAGAUUGUGAUCCACAACCAGAACAGACACUUACGUUCCAUGUAGGUUUAGUUUAGAAUGCUGUCCACAACAACAGGAGGCGUUAGCCAAUCACCAACAAGCGCUGAUGCAGCGGCAACAACAACAACAACAGCAGCAGCAACAACGACAACAACAGCAACAACGACAUCAUCAUCAACAGCAACAACAACAAUUGAGAGCAUUGAGAGCUUAAAAACGGUUAAGGUACAGGUAAAAAGCGAACCGUUUUCCAAUCUAUCGCCAGAAGCCGCAACCAUGUCAGAUGAGACCAAAAAUCAAAACUCUAAAGCCCAAAAUACAAAUAACAAUACCAGCAACAAUAAUAAUAAUAACAAUAACAACAACAACACUGCUAAUCCUCAUACAUCGGCAGCUGCUGAAACGGGAUCCGGAACAGUUCGACCAAAUUCGACAAGUAGCAUUAAUUCUCCACCGAAAACACACAAUGGAAGCGAUCGCGAUCACUCCAAUAACAGCAACAACACCAACAACACCAAUAGCAACAGCAACAACAACAACAGCAAUAUAUCCGCCAGUCUUGCCCAAAUCGUGGACAGUGAUUUAAACCAGGAGGAACUCCUUAAGAAAAAGAAAACUAUCAUUAAGGAAGAGAACGUCAAGUCAACGGCGACAUCGACGCAGAUGGCAAUGUCUGGCAACGCUGGCCUGGACAAAGUUGGUCAAAACAAUGGUUCAGUCGCCAGCAGCGGCGGCGGCAACAACAAUGGAGGUGGUACUAAGGUUGGAGGAGGAGUUGGAAGUUCGGUGGGAGGAGGAGGAGCUGUUGUUGCGGGGACUACAGGGGCAGCUGUGGUUAAAGAGGAACCCUCGGAUAUUAUGGGCAGUUUGGUGAACAUGAAGAAGGAGGAGGCAUUCUCACCAAAUAUGUCGCCAGUGGGAUUUGGAUCGAUUGGUUCAAUUGGUCCAUCUGGUAGCAAUGCCGCUGACAGAUCAGAUACACCUGUUAAAAUGGAGCUGAGUUCAAAUAGCACUGAUAAGAUGGAUAAUAUAGUUGGAUGCAAUGCAUCUUUGGUAAAUGCACUGGAUGGCGAAACUACAUCUGUCUCCAAUCUGUCAUCUUCUACUGCAAUUGGAAGCACAGUCGGUACGGGUCCGGGUCCGGGUCCUGGUCCUGGAGUUGGUCCAAAUUCGAUUCCUGGCGUUGGUUCUGCUUCUGGUCUCGGAGUAUCUCUUAGCGCGGGAGCGGGCAACUCAAACAAUCCCAAUUUUAUGGGCAAUAGCAACAACUGUUUGGAUUAUAUGCAGCAACAAAAUCACAUAUUUGUCUUCUCCACUCAGCUGGCCAACAAAGGAGCUGAGGCGGUGCUGAGCGGACAGUUCCAGACGAUAAUUGCCUACCAUUGCACACAGCCGGCUACAAAGAGUUUCCUCGAAGAUUUCUUCAUUAAGAAUCCCAUGAAAAUGAACAAGUUGCAGCGUCAGAACUCGCUCGGGUUGGGUAUUUGCAAUAUGCCUGGACAGACUGGACAGACGUGGCAGCAUUUGAAUGCCAAUGCCAAUUCCAACAUGAAUCUAAAUCUAAAUUCCAAUGCCAAUUCCAAUUCCAAUCCAAAUCUUACAAAAAUGCUACAGCCGCCACAGAAACUGGUUGGAGGUGGCGGAGUAAAGGCAUUAUUUAAUAAUCCAACUGAUAAUAAGGGAAAUAACUUUGCAGAUUCUUCGCAAAACGAUUCCCUGGUUAAUGAGAGCGAUCUCAUGUGCUGGGAGACGGGUCGAAAUAGCCUAGAUAAUACGCAGGCAUCCAGUGAAUCGCAAUCGCAAUCGCAGGGAUUGAAGCUAAUGGAUGGCGUUGAUAGCUUGGUCAAGUGUGGCAACAAUGAUCUGAGCGUGGACGGCAAUAUAGUGUCACUACAGGGUGUCAAGGUGCCGGAUGAGAAUCUAACACCUCAACAGCGACAGCAUCGAGAGGAGCAAUUGGCUAAAAUCAAAAAGAUGAAUCAAUUCUUGUUUCCCGAGAACGAUAAGCUGCCCAAUGAUUCGGCCAUGGCCAACAUUAUGAUGAAUAUGCCAGGAGGAGGUGGAGGACCAGGAGGAGGAGCUACAUCGAAUGCCCAAAUGCAACGACAGAUGCAACAGAUGCAACAGCAGAUGCAGCAAGCUCAAUCCCAAACGCAAGCACAGAAGUCCGAUCACAUGCCGGUCCAGCUGGGUGGAGGUGGAGGAGGAGGAGGAGGCGAGGAUGUGCUAAUGCCAAUGCCAUUGCCGUUGCCGCUGGCAACGGAUGUUAUUGGUGAUAUGGGUGCGGUUAUCUCGUGCAAUAGUGGUCCUAAAUCUGGUAAUCUCUCAUCGGCAGCAGCAACAACACCAGGAGGAGGAGUGGGUGUGGGAGUGGGAGGAGGACCUGCUGUGAUGAAUAUUAAUAUGAAUGUAGGUAUGCAAUGCCCUGGUGCACCAAAUGCUGCCACACAGAAUCCCAAUAUGUUAGGCAAUUCACCAGAAAUGAUGGGACCCUUUGGCAACUCUGCAAACUGCGGCAUGAUGGGAGUGGGAGUUGGAGGAGGAGUAGGAGUUGGAGCUGGAGAUAAAGGCGAGAGUUUACCUAUGCCUCAGGGUGGCAUGACACAAAUGGAAUGGACCAAAAUCCAGCAGCAAUUCUUCGAAGAGCGCUUGAAAGGCGGCAAAGCAAACUGCCGUCCAUCUGGCAUACCUGGACCAGGUUCAGUCCCAGGUUCAGUACCAGGCCCGGGUGCUGGUCCAGGCUCUGGCGGUAAUCCAACCGGGACACCGGCAAUGCGGAACAACGUUCAAGGGCCACCGCCUCCCUAUCAUCCGACACAACGAUCGGCGUCGGUGCCAAUUGCAACGCAAUCCCCAAAUCCAUCCAGUCCAAACAAUCUAUCCCUGCCUUCACCCCGCACAGCUGGAGCCCAUGGAUUGCCAUCAAAUUCACCCAGCAUGGAUUUGCCCCCAACAAACAAUCCAUCGACUCAGGCAGGAGCAUCAACGACUGCCGCAUCCAAGAACUGUUUCCAAGCAGAUGCCGCCGGAUCAAUCGGAUCGAUCGGAUCGCCUUCGAGUCGACAUCGAGGUGCUGGCAGCUCCUCAAAUGUUAUGAAUCAUCAUCUUAACAGCAAUCCCACUACGCCGCUAUCCCAUCUCUCACCCAAGGAGCUGGAGUCGUUUAAUCAAACCCAAAAUACUGGUGAUUCAAAGAACACCAGACCAAGUCCGCAACGGACUCGUUCUCCCAAUGGUAUUCCGAGCCUGAAUGCGGGAAAUCAUAUGGUCGAGCCAAACAAUAUGGAUUCACGAUUUCCAGCAUCGAGUCCAGGGCUGAAUUUCAAUGCACAUGGGCAUUUGCAAGGACAAGGACCGGGACAAGGAAAUGUAGGCAAUGCGAUGAAUCCAUACAAAGGACCCAACGCCAAUAAUCCUCUGGACGUAAAUGUAAAUCGCCAGAACUGUGGUCCACCCGUACAGUUCGGUCGUCGCACGGAUAAUAUGCCGCUGAAUCCGAACAAUCCGAGCAAUCGACCAGCCCAGAAUAAGAUGUCGCAGAGUUUCGAUCCCAUAUCGUCGUUGGCACAGAUGUCACAGCAGCUGACGAGCUGUGGGUCUGGUGUGGGCAGUCCCGCCGGCGGGAUAAAUGUAAAUGUGAACAUGAUGGGGCCGGGAUCGGGAGCGGAGAUGAAUAUGGAGCAUGGUGGAAUGAUGCCAGGCUUAGAUCAAAGCGAGUUGGAUCAUAUGAAUCACAAUGCCAAUAACAAUUGCCAUUCAGCAAAUCCGUUAAUGAACUCAAUGGGACAACGCAUGAUGAAUCCCAAUGCCAAGAUGUGUGGCUUCAAUCCCGGUGCUGCUGCUCCCAAUGGCGUUGUACGUGAUGGAUCUGUGACAGUGCCUGGUCCAGGAUUCCAUGGCAUAUUGCCGCCUGGUGCACGUAUGAUGGGUCGCAUGCCUGUCAAUUUUGGCCCCAAUUUCAAUCCAAAUAUCCAAGUGAAGGCCAGCACGCCCAAUACAAUACAGUAUAUGCCGGUGAGACCACACAACAACAAUAACAACGGCAACAACAAUAGUAACGGCAACAACGGCAAUAAUGGAAACAAUAUACGAAUGCCUCCCAGCUUGGAGUUCCUUCAACGUUACGCGAAUCCACAGAUGGCUGGUGGUCCAAUUGGACACGCCAUGGGCAAUGAUGUGGGACCAAUGAUGCUCGGAGCUGGUCCCAUGAAUAUGAACUCACCUAAUGAGCAACAACAGCAGCAACAACUUCAACAACAACAACAGCAACAGCAGCAACAACAACAGCAGCAGCAGCAACAUCAACAACAGCAGCAGCAACAGGGCAACAAUAAGAUGAUCAACAAUCCCAAUGGCAACAGCAAUGGCAUUGGUAUGAACUUCUUCCAGAACUGCAAUCAGCUGCCUGGUCUCGAUGAUGACGGUGGUAUUGGUGUUGGUGUGGUGCCCAGUGGACUGCCCGGACACAUUGGACAGGGACCAGGACCAGGACCAAUGAUACGUGGCAUGCGACCGCACGGGAUGCGGCAGCACGGUGGCAUGGUUGGUGGACGAAUGCCAGGGCCAGGGCCAGGGAAUCCAAACAACAUUGUUAAUCGACAGCAAGGACAGUUUUCAGUUAAUCCAGAUGGAUUGGACUGCAACGAUCCGACAGUCAUGUUCAACAAUGGACCAGGUGCGCCAUCAAUGUUUCCUGCCACACAACAACAACAGCAGCAGCAACAACAACAAGGUCAGCAAGGUCAAGCUAAACCUCCGCAUCAUAAGCCAAUGCCCGCUGGUAUGUGCCAAACACAAAUUGGUGGAAAUAUUGGCAUUGGAGUUGGAGUUGGCAUGCAAGGACCAGGUCCAGGUCAAGGCCAUCCUGUCAUGGGUGGACCCAACAACAGUCAACUGAUGUCAGCAGGUGGCAACAAUGCUGGUCCUGGUGUUGGCGUCAACUUCGUCGGCCCCUCAUCAAAUGAUCUGAAGUAUGCGCAACAAUAUCACAGCUUUCAGCAACAGCUUUAUGCCACAAACACGAGGAGUCAACAACAACAACAGCAGCAGCAGCAAAUGGGCGGUGGCAACAUGAUUGCGAUGCCACCAAAUCUAUCACCAAAUCCGGCAUUCUUUGUGAACAAAUAGAUGAGCUAUAAAUCUAUAAUGUAUCUGCAUCCGAAUCCGCAUCUGCAUCUGAUGAUUUAAAUGCUAGUCUACGCAUCAACUGAGCAUUUGAGAAUCCUCUAAAUAAUAAUCAUAAUAAUCGUUAUUGUAGCCUAUUAACGGCUAUAUAUAUGCAGAGGAGAGAAUUCAAUAGAACAUAAUGCCAAUAUAAAUAUCAGAUUUCAACAGAUCGAUAAUUAAUGACUAAAUUACAAUAUGUAAUGCAUAAAUCAACCUAUGUACUUGUAUAAUCCAACUGCAGCUCAAUUUAUACUUACAUAUUGUAACUUGUACGCUGCAAUCUGUAUUAAAUGCAAUCAAGCAAGUGUAUGUAAUAUAAUACUUAAAUCUUACAAUUUAUUCUUAUUAUUAUCAAUGUUAAGAUAACUAAGGAAAAACGUAUGUUAAUUCUUCCAUUAAACAUGUGAAAAUUAAUUGCAUAACAUCGACA